AUGGAGACCGUAAUUCAGGAUUGUGAGCCUCUUGCCAAUUAUCUCAAGGAUCAAGGCGAAGAAACACGCAACAAUGACUGGUCAACACCGCCAGCCUCCGAGUCCGACCACAAUGGCCAAUUCCACGAUGCCCACGAUGACCGCCUCUCCGAACACAGCAUCUCACCCCCCUCCUCUCCCAACUUCGCUCCCGUAGGCCGCCCCAUGGUCCGCAAGCGGUUCCGAAAGAACGCCCCCGAGCCAAUACAACUCGAGAUCCCACACCGCAUGAAGCGAUACAGCUCGCUCGGCUCGCUACAUGACUCCUAUUCUGUAAGGAUCUUUUACGCUCAAAUCAUAGGGGCCAUGUGUGUUGAACUAAUGACGUUUGUUCGUGGUGAAAAGAAGGCCGUAACAGCGAGGAUAGACCGCGCCGACAACCAAAAAUUCAUCGAGCAGUUUCGAUAUACGAUCGUCGCCUCGCAGUUGUUGAGUGGACACUCGGUUGCUGGACUUAAUCACUUUUACCGAAAUCAAGAUGCCGAUGCUUCGAAAGAGCAAAAUAACGAUGUCGUACUACCGAACUCGACGGGGCUGAUAGCGACGGCUGCGGGAGCGUUGGUGGUGGCGUUGGGGAUAAGGUGGCUGUGCUUGGGAGGAUAUGCUCGUCUGACCAAAAAGGGGGUGCUGGUUGCUGUCGUGAUUGCCGUUGCGGUGGGAUUGGUGGCGCACUUUUAUAUCCGGAAGCAGUGGCUGAGAUAUGUGCGGAACAAGGCGCUGGCGGAGGUUGCUACUUUUGUGGCGAAGAGUCAGGAUUGGGAUAGUGCUACUAGUGCGGCGCUGUCGUUGAUUCAGGAGGUUGAGUUGGUGUCGAGGGGGUAUAGGCUGAGCGCACCACUACCGCCUAUCAGCAGAAUCGAAGACCGAAGCCAAACGAGACGAUGCGGACGCCUGCGCAAAGCUCUCAAGCAGCGGUUUGCCGAUAUGAUCAAGAGCUACAUCCAAGUGACAACAGCCGUGAAGGGACUUUCGGAACAGUUGGAUCUGGAAAAGUACUACGACGUUUACGACAUUACCGACUUUGACGUUUCCGAUGCAAUGCAAGGGUUUCCGGAGGUCGCAACGGAUGAGGCGGAGUCGUUACGGGUGCUCAAGAUUGCCGCUGCUCGGUUCCAUACCAUCCGCAAGCUGCUCCUCUGCGCUUUGCUUGCGUUCGAGGCUACGGGAGACAACAGCGACUUUGUGCGUUGGUCGACGGCGGCCCAGUGUCUCAGCCAGCUGAGCAGUCUGACAGGUGAUUGCUACGAGAGGCUUCGUCUCAUCUUGAGCGAUGAAGAGAGCUUCCCCGCCAUCCCCGAAACCAAGUUCCCUCUUUCCCCCAACCGCGAGAAACGCCGAACGCAAUUCCGCAAGCUCAACUCUCUAUCGACGGGCAUCCGCGGUCUCCAAGCCAAGCUGGCACUGUUGCGUGAAGAAUCCGAGAAAGCACUCAACGAAGCCGACGAUAUCUCUGAAGUUGGUCUCGACCUCAUGUCGCAAUACGAGUCUAUCGGCCAGGACCUCAAGAUGCUGCAGCAAGCUUGGGAGGAUGGCAAGGCUGCGCUAGCCUCAGGAAUCGACCGCAACGAGAAACGUAUUUCGUCUAUGAGCAUGUUGUACUCGCCUGCUACCUCUCUGAGCGGGUUGACCACUGUCGGCGAAGAGAACGAAACCGGUGGCGGAGCGGAGGAUGCGCUGAAAGCGCUCACCGGGGAGACGUCUCCCACACGAAACUCUUCGCCAAGUCCCAACGAGCCGGAUGUGUUUGAGGCGGUUGCGCUAUCGGCUCGGCCAAGAAGUAUGCUGACCAGGGAAGAGAGGUUGGUGAAAAUGAAGGAGGAGAGAGAGACGAGGGCAAUGCAGAGGGAGAAGGCAGAAGCGAGUAGGGGCAUGUUGAAGGAGUUGGAGAUGGUGAUUAAUUUGAGGCCGAAGAGACAUACAACCAUGGGGCCAGGCGGGGGAAACGGAAGGAGUGCGGCGCCGACGAGGAUCUCUUUAUGACGACAGACAAACUCUGCGGCAUUCUCUUUUUUUUCUUCGGGGUUUCUUUCUUUGACCAUUAUAUUCUUGCAUGGCAUCAUGGCAGUGCGCGCAGACAAAAGAGAGGGGCGAACAAGAACAACAACAACGAGAAGGCCAGCUUGCCAGUUUUCUUCAACAGCAACAACAACAACAACCUUGGGUAGAAAGGCGUUUUGACGGAUACACAGACCAUGGGAAUAUUUGAAAGCUGGGGGCAGGCAAGCGAGCAAUGUGGGAUACAGAAUUUAACGGCGUUUACACACUUUCAUAUAGACGAUCUUGGGCGGGCAUUUUGCAACAAAUUCUUUUUUGAGUUGGGGGAGGGUGUAAGAUAGGUGAAUAAUGUAAUAAUCAAAAUAUAUU